AUGGAAGCAGAGCGCGCUCUCUCGGAGGUGCCGGCGGCCCUGAAGCGCCUGGCCAAGUACACGGUGCGCGGCUUCUACGGGGCAGAGCACUCGCUGGCCCUGGACCUGCUGAUCCGCUACCCCUGCGUCAAGGAGGACGACUUGUUGCAGCUGCUCAAGUACGAACGCAGGCAGCUGCGCGCUGUGCUCAACACGCUCAAGGCAGACAAAUUUGUCAAGCUGCGUAUGCGAGUUGAAACGGGGCCUGAUGGGAAGAGCACGAGGCACAAUUACUACUACAUCAACUACAAGGUGCUGGUGGAUGUGGUGAAAUACAAACUGGAUCAGAUGCGCCGGAAGAUAGAAGCAGACGAGCGGGAUUCAACCACCAGGUCAUCUUUUAAGUGCCCAUCUUGCUCCAGCACUUACACAGACCUGGAAGUCAACCAGCUGUUUGAUGUAUUUACAGAGACCUUCCGCUGCACCUACUGCAGCACGGAGGUGGAGGAGGACGCGGCAGCCCUGCCCCGGCGGGACGCUCGCACGCUGCUGGCCCGGUUCAACGAGCAGAUCGAACCCAUCUUCCUGCUCCUGCGCGACACCGAGGACAUCGUCCUGCCCUACGACCUGCUGGAGCCCCAGCCUACAGAAAUCCCAGGAUUGUCAGAAAGCCUUGAUGAUAAGGUAUGUUCAAGCCUGCUGGAAUCCAGCAGCCGACCUGAAAAAUGGGCCAGCAGAAGCUCCUCCUUUGGCAAUAUGUACACCCAAGACUUAGUUAUAGAUGUCCAAGACUCUGAGCCCAAGAAGAAAACAAGAGAAAAGGUCACUAAAGAACAACCUGUUUGGAUGUCACAGAGUACUGUGGAAGAAGCAACAGCAGCCACUGCCAGUACUGCUGGAACACAUCCUUCUGAAGACGCUGAGGAAAGUGCUAAAGAAAUGGGCACGGAGAGUGAAAUCAUCCAGACGCUUCUGAUUCAUGAGGCCAAGUGGUCCUCGGGCCCUGAACACGUGCCCCAUGUCAAGAGCAAGCUACCCCCAUCAGGAAGCGACACUAGUGAAGCGGAGGAAGAUGCCCAGAACUCGGGAACACAGGAAACCCAGGCAGCUGGCAGCCACGUGGAGCAGGAGGAGGAGCAGGAAAGCCGGGAUCCCCUUUUAAUGGUAGCGGGGCAGCCUCACUCCUACAGCGAAGUUAAUGAAAACCCAGAGCUUGUGUCUCUCAUGACAAAGGAGGAGAGAGAAGCUUACAUAAAAGUGGGACAAGAAAUGUUCCAGUCUGUCUUUGAAUAA